CUUUUUGUUUUUGUCUAAUUGCUAAGGCAAUUGUGAAUAAGAAAAUUGUAAUUCUGUAGAUUAUAAAUACGAGAGGUGGUCAUUGAAUCGACUGGAGAGAUAGGGAGAUUAAACAGUGUUUAAUUAUUGCUUUUUGUGUUUUUUUUUGCUAAAUGCUUUUUGUGUUAUUCUCUUCGUGCUUUGAAUAACAAAGCAAAAGUGUUGGUGUUUCAGAUUUUUAACAUCUCUAAGUAGGAGUCAUCAAUUUCACGAUGGAGACGAAAGAGUUGUUGGAUGAGAAUCUGAGCUUGAAACAGGAGAUCAAGCGGUUGUUGGAUGAGAAUCCGAGCUUGAAACAGUUGUUUGAUGAGAAACAGAGCUCCUCGAAACAGGAGAUCAAACAACAGUCCUCGUCGGAUGAUGAUGAGAGAGAGACUGAAUCACCAUCAUCAUCAUCACCAGAGCAGCAAACCGUGACACCCUGGUCUGUCCGCGGCAAAAUCAUCGAUCACGAGAAGGUGAUCAAACAGUUUGGCUGCAAGAAGAUAGACGAGCCGCUCAUCGAUCGUGUCGAAAGACUCACUUGCCGUCGAGCUCACGUCUUCCUCCGCCGUGGUGUCUUCUUCGCCCACAGGGAUCUUGAUAAAAUCUUGGACCGUUACGAGAGAGGAGACAAGUUCUACCUCUACACUGGAAGAGGACCUUCGUCAGAAUCUUUGCAUUUAGGGCAUUUGAUUCCUUUCUUGUUUACCAAGUACUUGCAGGAGGCUUUCAAGGUCCCCCUCGUUAUACAGAUCACGGAUGACGAAGAAAAAAUCUGGAAGAAGUUAAACAAGGAGGAGAGUAAAAGACUCGGCAGAGAGAACGUGAAAGAUAUCAUUGCUUGCGGUUUCGAUGCCUCGAAUACCUUUGUUUUCUCCAGCUACGCCACUGUUGGCGGUGCGUUGUAUGAGAAUCUGGUGGAGAUUGCGGAUUGCAUCACGGUUAACAAGGCUAACUCCACUUUCGGCUUUACCGGCGAAGUUUCUACCGCGAAAAUGAUCUUCCCUUCUGUUCAGGCAGCUCCAUCUUUUUCUAGCUCGUUCCCACACUUGUUCCCUGCCAAGAAAAAUAUCCCUUGCUUGAUUCCCUGUGCAAUUGACCAGGAUCCGUACUUCAGGCUGACUCGUGAUGUUGCAGCUCGGUUAGAGUUUAUAAAGCCUGCUCUGAUUGAGUCAAAGUUUCUUCCUGCGUUGCGGGGAAAUAAUGGGAAAAUGUCAGCAAGUGAUCCAAAUUCCGCUAUUUAUAUGAAUGAUAGCAAUGCCCACAUUGAAAAAAAUAUAAAGAGUUCUGUUAGUGGUGGGCGAGAUAACAAGGAAGAUCAAAAAAAAAUAUGGAGCAAAUCUGAAGGUUACCAAAUUCUCUUUUUUUUUUUUUUGGUAAAUAAUGUUAAGAUUAAUACCAAUUUUCUGAGUUUACAUAGUUGUGGCAAGCCACUUAUUACAAAAUAGAAAACAGAAGCAAAUUAAGGAGGAUAAGAAUACAUAAUCGAAAAGAAGAGCUGCAGCAAAGAAAAGGAGUCUUCAGCACGGGGUGGAACUGAGAGGAGGCGAUCUCGCAUUAGCCGAUCAACUCCUGCAUAGACCGCAGCUACAGGAGAUGUUGCUUGCCUGAAGAUGCGGUUGUUCCUCUCACGCCAAAUGCUAUAAACUAUUACCUGCAGCAAGAGUUUUAAGACCGAUCGACCACCCCUAUAAGUCACGAACCGCUGGUGGUCAAUGAGAGACAGCAAGGAGUCGAAAGAAGCUGGAGUUGUAGGCAGCAUCCAGCCAGUGAAGCAAUCCCAAACCUGUUUAGAGAAGUCACAUGUGAAGAACAAGUGAUCAUGGGUUUCCAAUCCAUCAGGGCAGAGAGGACAUGCCGCUGGAACGUUCAUUCCCCAAGAUACCAGCCUAUCACGGGUUGGCAACCUUGCUUGAAUAGCUAGCCACGUAACAAAGGUACAUCGGGGUAUCUCCUCCUUGAACCAGAUA